UCCAAAGUGACCAACGUCCAGCUCCAGGCCAGUGAGGUGACCAAUGUCCAGCUCCAAGCGCUGCCGCAGCCCUUGGACGUCACCAAGAUCCAGCUCCAAGCUGCUGAGGUGACCAACGUUCAGCUCCAGGCCCUGCCGCAGCCCUCCAAGGUGGCCAACAUCCAGCUCCGUGCUGUGCCGCAACCCUCGGACAUCAACAUCCAACUGCAGGCCACCGAGGUGACAAGUGUCCAGCUCCAAGCCCUGCCGCAGCCCUUGGAUGUCAGCAACAUCCAUCUCCGAGCCUUGCCACAACCCUCUGAGGUCACCAACAUCCAGCUGCAGGCCGCUGAGGUGACAAAUGUCCAGCUCCAAGCCCUGCCACGGCCCUCCAAGGUGACCAACAUCCAGCUGCAAGCCACCGAGGUGACAAACGUCCAGCUGGAACCCCUGCCAAAGCCUUCUGAGGUCACCAACAUCCAGCUGCAGGCCACCGAGGUGACAAACAUCCAUCUGGAAGCCCUGCCACAACCUUCUGAGGUCACCAACAUCCAGCUGCAGGCCACCGAGGUGACAAACGUCCAGCUGGAAGCCCUGCCACAACCCUCUGAGAUCCCCAACAUCCAGCUGCACGCCCUGCCGCAGCCCUCAGAGGUGCCCAGUGUUCAUCUCCAUGCCACGGACUUGGCAGAUGUCCAUCUCCAGGCCACGGAGGUACCUGACGUCCAGCUGCAGACCACAGAGGUGACAAAUGUCCAGCUGCAAACCACCAAGGUACCUGACAUCCAUCUCCAAGCUGCAGAGGUGUCCGACAUCCGUCUCCAAACCAUGGAGGUCCCCAGUGUCCAUCUUGAGGCAACAGAGGUGCCUGACAUCCAUCUCCAGGCCACAGAGGUGACCACUGUCCAGCUGCAAGCCACUGAGGUGGCCAGCAUCCAUCCACAAACCACGGAGGUGACAAAUGUCCGUCUACAGACCACUGAGGUGCCCGAUGUGUGUCACCAAACCACUGAGGUGCCCAGUGUCCAUCUCCAAGUCACAGAGGUGCCCAGCGUCCAUCUCCAAGACAUCGAGGUGUCCAGUGUCCAUCACCAAACGAUGGAGGUGCCCAACAUCCAUCUAAAGAUCACGGAGGUGCCCAGCAUCCAGCUGAAGACAGUGGAGGUGACAAAUGUCCAUCUCCAGGCCACUGAGGUGCCCAGUGUCCAGCUCAAGACUGUCGAGGUGCCCAAUGUCCAACUCAAGACUGUGGAGGUGCCCAACGUCCAACUCAAGCCCACGGAGGUGACCACUGUCCCUCUACAGACUGUGGAGGUGCCCAGUGUCCAGCCGCAGCCCCCUGAG